UAUUUUUGCUUUUGCCUUCCAUUUGAAUUUCAAAGUGUUAUAUGUGAUAAAAUGGGAGGCCAGAGCCAGAGCCAGGUCCAAACCCAACUGGAACCAUGGUGCGAUCUUGAUAACAAGGUGGUCCUUGUCACCGGUGCUUCCGCCGGUUUAGGUCGUGAGUUCUGUCUAGACCUUGCAAAAGCUGGGUGCAAGAUUUUAGCAGCUGCACGUCGGAUCGACCGGCUCAAGUCUCUCUGUGACGAAAUCAAUCAGCUUCCUAAUACGCCGGGUGCUGGACCUCGAGCCGUAGCUAUAGAGCUUGAUGUCUGCGCCGACGGACCAACCAUUGAUAAGUCUGUGCAGAUUGCUUGGGACGCGUUUGGUAGAAUCGAUGCCCUUGUUAAUAAUGCCGGUGUUAGAGGUAAUGUGAAGACACCGCUUGAUUUGUCCGAGGAAGAGUGGGAGCUUGUAGUUAAGACGAAUUUGAAAGGAUCAUGGAUCGUUUCAAAGUACGUGUGCAUACGAAUGCGUGAUGCGAAACUUGGAGGAUCCAUUGUUAAUAUAUCUUCAAUUGCUGGUCUUAAUCGUGGCCAAUUACCUGGUGCUGUUGCUUAUGCUUCUUCAAAGGCAGGCUUAAAUGCCCUGACAAAGGUGAUGGCUCUGGAAUUGGGAGUGCACAAUAUCAGGGUGAACUCAAUAUCUCCUGGACUGUUCAAAUCUGAGAUCACAGAGGGUCUUAUGCAAAAAGACUGGCUAAGAAAUAUUGCUCUGAGAACUGUCCCUUUGAGAGAGUAUGGGACUUCAGAUCCUGCACUCACAUCACUUGUCCGAUAUUUAAUCCACGACUCCUCAGAGUACGUCUCGGGCAAUAUAUUCGUUGUUGAUGCUGGAGCCACCCUGCCAGGUGUCCCUAUUUUCUCAUCUCUUUAAAUUUAUGUACGUUCAAGUUCCAUUUAAAAAUAGCAAAGGUCGUUUACAAAUAUCAGGGUCAAGAUUCUGUUUCGCAUCAUGGUUCUUGCUUGUACUCUUUAGUUUAGUUGAAAUAUAAAAUGGAACGACUUAAUAUAAGAA